AUGGAGAGAAAAGCAAAGAGCUGCAAGAAUAUAACAAAGAUUUAAAGAUUGAUACAAGAAUUUGAAAGAGUUUUUAUAAACAAAGACAAUCCCUCACACAAAUUAAUAUCACAUCAACAGAAAUAAUGGUUAAGAGGUGGCGGAUGCGGAUGUGGAAAAGUAGAAGAUUCCUAACCUUCUAAUCCUCCAAUAAUGGAUAUUCACUUUGAUUUUUCUUCAAAUAUUUAAAAGUAUUCAAUUAUAAUUGCCGAAUAAGCUUCCCUAAUAUUUGAUAAAAUGAAAAAAAAUGAUGUUUUGAUAGCAUUUUUAUGGUUUUAAGAUAAUGGUAAUUAUAUUUAGUCCUUAUGUUUAAAUGAUUAAUUGACUUUAAUACAUUAUCCAUUAAUUGAAAAAACUUUAGAAAACUUAAUUAAAUGCCUUCAUAUAUAUUUAAGAAGUUAAGGAUAUUUAUUUUAUUAACUACUUCAAAUUUGUAAUUGUUUAAUAAGAGUUAUUUUUACUUAUCAAUUAAAAAAAGAAGAUAGAUUUUUGCAAGAAAGCUUAAAAGAAGUUUUUUUAGAAUAAAUUAAUAAUGUUGAAACUUUAAUGUAAAUAGAAUCCACUAAUAUUUGGAUAACUGGUGUUGAAUUUGAAAUUUAAUUGAUAAAAACAUGGCUCUCUCACUGUCGUACUAAUUCUUAGAAAUCUAAAUAAUUAGGAUUAGCAGUAUUAACUGAAAUAGCAUUGUCAAUUGUAUAACUUAAGCCUAGUGAUUAAUUAAUAGAUUCUUUAUAUGAAUGUGGUAAAUUUAUAUUGAUGAAUUUUUUUGAAUGUUAAAUAAAGAACCCAAUAUAAAAAUAUGAAAUAUAUUACUUUUUUGAAAGCUUAAAAUGGUCUAUUUUAAAUCAGUUCUCAAAAAAAUCGAAUUGUUCUGUAUAAAAAUAGAUUAAAUAAAUUUAAGAAGGUUAUAAAAAAUAUAUAGCUCCAUCAAAAGACUGGAUGAUACAUUUUUGUUGGAUAAAUUUAAUAUCUGAUUUAAUUUCAUAUAGGCCUAUAAUUAAUAAGAAAGAUAUUGUAAAUAUAAUUUAACUCAAACAAACAGAUCAUGAAAUUUUUUAAGAACUAAUAAAUUCUUAACAUAUAGUUUCUAUUCUUUAUGACAAAACUUAUGCAAGAGUUUAAAUUUUUAAUGUAGAAUAAUCAACCUAUUAAAUAUUUGAGGAAUUAAAAUUGUUUUAAGAAUAUCUCAUAUCUAAAGAAGCUCAUGAAUUAAAAUUAUGGCAUUAAUAUAUUAAUUUUGAAAUUAAUAAUAAUUAAAAUUCAAGUAUAAGCGACGAUGAUUUAAAAUUAUAGUUAUUGAGAAGUUAAACUAAUUGUGAUGAAAUUUUUAAGUUAAAUAAACUUUUAGAAAAUUUAAGAAAUGAGAUUUUAAAAUUAAUUAAUGAAAUAAUAGAAAAAAAAAUAAUAUCAUUAAAUACUAAAAAUGAAUAAUAAAUAUAACUUAAUAUCUAGAAAUAAGAUCUAAAAUAUGAAUUGAAACAAUUAAAAUAAAAAACUUUAUAAUCCAUAUAUAUUUGUAACGAAAUUGAUAUCAAAUUAAAUUAAGAAAAAGUAAAAAUUAUCACAUUUAUGCAAAUUUUAAAAUUUAAUGAAGAGUAAUAUAAUUCUUUUGUUAAAUCCUUUGAAAAAAUAAAUAAAUUUUUUUAAAAUGAUUAAGUAAUUAAUAUUUGGUUUCAGUUAUUUAAAUUUAUAUAUCAAAAUUAUGAAGUUUUAAAACAAAAGGAUUUAAUUGAAUUUAAUAAAGAAAAUACAUAUGAUUAAGCUAAAUUUAAAGCUACUGUUACUGAUAUUAUUAAUGAAGUAAAUAUAUUAAUUAACUUAAUAAAAUAAUUAUAAUUAAAUUUUACAUCAAUAUUAUGCCAGAAAACAUAUCAAUUAGUAAUUGAAAAAACAAUAUUAUCAGAAAUACUGAAAGAAAAGUUAAAAGAAAUUUAAUAAUAAACUUUUUUCAAAGAAAUGAUAGUUUAAUCAAAACUAUAUAUUUAAUAGAAUUUCUCAAUAGAGAAAUGGGAAUUAUAAUCAAUAAAUUGCUAAUAGUAUUUAAUUGAGUGUAGAAGUCUUACUCUUAUAAUUUUUACAUUUUAUAGACUUUUAUAAGUUAAUAAUAUGAAAAAAAAAUUAGUUUAAGAAAAAUUAACUAAAUUAUUGACUUAUUGUUAAACAUAACAAUAAGACAAUCAUUAAAACAGUUAAAAUAAGAAAAAUUUUAAAGAUUAAAUACUUAAAAAAAUAAAAAGCUAAAAAACAAAAUUAGAAUAAAUAAAAAAUAAAUAUUAUUCUACUGAAGCUAAUGAAGGAGAAAUAUAAGAAUAUACUAAUGUUAUCUAAUCAAUACUUUAAGAUAUUGAAUGGAUUUCUAAAAGCGAUUUCGAUUAAUAAUUUAAAAAUAGUUUUAUAACUAUUUUUAAAGAUGUAAUUAAUAAACUCUAGAAAAUUUUAUUAAGACCCAAAGAAAAAAUGAAUUUUUAAAUUAAGCCUUUGAAAUUUAUAAGAACAAUCUUGAAAAUUUGACUAAGAAGUAUGCAGAUUAAAUUAUACAGAAUUCUUAGAAUAAAACGAAUAAAGUAUAUCAAUUCACAAAUACUUAAGAACCUGAAAAUUUAAUUAAAUCUUUAAGUAAUAUAUUGUAAAUGACAAAAAAAAUAAGAUUUAUAUUAAAAACUAAUUAAAAUAUUCAUUAAGUAAUGCAAAAUGAUCAAAAGAAAGAAUAAACCUCAUAUAAUAAUAGUCAAAAAAAUUCACCUAAAGAAGAAAUUCUUACAAACCUUUAGGAAUAAAUUUAAAUUACAUAGUUAAAAUUAGAGGUUAAUAUUUCAAAUAGCCUUGAUUAAGAAGCCGAAAAAAAACUUAAUUAAUUUUAAUAAUGCGAUUUAUAUUAAUCGUAUUUAAUAUUAUUUAAUUAAAAUAUCAAUCAAUUAAAUUAGAUGAACAAUUAAUUUGAAGAAAUCACACUAGAUGAAAACUUGAGUUUUAUGUUUUAAUAAUAAAAUUAUGAAACUAUUAAAUAAUAAAAUUUAGGGAUAUUAAGUAUCUUUGAUAAUCAUUCUUAUAAAGUGAGAGAAGCACUUGCAUUUAAUUUGAUUAGAACAUAAAAUAUUGUUUAGGAGGGAACUAUAUAAGAAAUAUGUUCUAACCUUUUAAAGCAAAUUUGGAUAAUUGAAAAAAAUCCUAGUGUAAGGAAGGUUUUAUAAAAUAAAGAUAUGAUUGAAAUGCAAAAAUAACUAUUUUCAAAAGAUCUAUCUUUAUUUUCAAAUUAAUUAAAAAAAGAAAUGACAAAUAAAUUAAACUAAAUUGAAGAAUUAGAGAAUCAAAUCUUUAAAAAUGAUAAUUCAAAGGAAUUAUAAAUUUAAUUUUAGUAGGCUUAUGAUGAAUUUGAAAUAUUUUUAGAUAAUUUAAGCGAUAUGUCUUAAAAAUUAGAAAUAUCCAUGAUAUUUUUAAAGGAUAUCAGCAAAAAUUUGUAAACAAUAAAAUAUUAACUUGAUCAAUUAAUAAAAAAUGUAUCGGAUAUUGGAAAUGAUGUUAGAAGAUUGAGAGGUAAGAGUAUUAAUGAAUUAUUAAAAUUAAGAAAAGAAUAAGUAUCAAAAUAAGAAGAAGAAAAAAAAUUAAAUUAAAUAUAUGUUGAAUAGAGGACUUAGGAAUUUAAUCCAAAAACUGGAUAAAAAACUGAUGAAAUAUCAUUUCUGUUAAAAGAUGAUUAAAAUAAUUAUGAUGGUGAAAUAAAUGAAUUUUUAUGGGAUGAAAAAGAAAGGUAUAAAGAUGUAUUAUUACUAAAAGGAAAGGCUGGUUCUGGUAAAAGUAGAGCAGCAAUAAAUGUAGAAGAAUUUUUAUGGAAAUUUAAUACUUAAUAGCUAAAUCAAUGGUAUCCAAUCUAUAUAUCUUUACCUUCUUUAAAUGAUCCAUAACAUAAUUUAAUUGAUUAGGCAUUAGAAUCAGAAACUUACAAUUUUGAUAAAAUAUAAAUUAGAGAGUUUAAGGAGGCAAUCCAAAAUGAUAAUUUAAAAAUUGUUUUAAUAUUGGAUAGCUAUGAUGAAAUGAAAAAUGAAUUUAUUCAAACAAAUUUAAUAACAACAAAUCGUUUGAGUUAAGAUCUAAAUCUUAAAGAAUCUGGAUAGAAACUCAAAGUUAUCAUUACUUGUAGAGAAGAAAUAUUGACUUCUUCAACUUAUUAAUCUUGGUUUUAUGGAAAAAGUAUUGAUACCUUUAAAGAAGUUUAAUUAGUUCCAUUUAAUUAAGAAUAAAGUAGUCUUUAUAUAAAACUAUCUAUGAAGCUGAGCAUAAUAAGAGAGUUAUCAUAAUUUUAUGAUAUGAUUAAAUAAUUAAAAGGCAGUGGAUUUAUAUUUUCUGAAUUCAGAAAAAUAUGUUUAUAAUUAGAUAGUUUGAUCGAGGAAAUUAUUUAUGCUUCAUAAUAAUAGGAUAUCCUUGUAUAAGAUCAAGAUGGAAAAAAAAUAGUUAAGAAAUUAUAAUAAAUACCAGAAUAUUAAUUUGUUAAAGACCAAUAAUUUUUAUUUUUAUAAAAAGGACUUCUUUCAUUAUGGAGUGAAUAAAAAUUCACCUAAACAAUUUAAAACUUAAAAAUUGACGAUUUUUUGAAAACACCAUUUAUGUUGGAAAUAAUUGUAUAAAUUUUACCAAAAGUCUCAUAUAACUAUUUGUAAUCUUCAACAAUAAGAGAAUUGUUGUCAAAUAAUUAUAAAAAAUUGAAAUAUUAAAUACUUUAUUAAAAGCAGGUGUAAUACAAUUAUCAAUAAAAAAAUUAAAUUAAAUUAGAAACUGAUUUCAAAGAUAUCAUAGAAAAACAAUUAUCUUAAAUUAUGAAUGAAUUAGAAAAUCAAUUAUUUUUUGACAAAUACUAAAUAUCUUCUAAAUUAGAUUUUUAAGAUUCAUCCAUAAUACAAUCAUAGGAGGAAUAUAUAUUAAAAUUUGAUGAUGCUGAGAUUAUUUAUUAAUCGUUAAAAAUGAAUUAAUUUACUACAUAUGAUUUUUAUGAGAUGUUCGUUAAUUACUAUCAUUAUCAAUAAAUAUAAAAAUGGAUGGAAUUAGGAAAAAUAUCUAAUUCAUAGAUGAUUUCAAUUGAUUUAUUAGAAUUUUCUUAAUCUUUAGCUUUAGAUAUGAUAAGACAUGAAUAAUUUUAAGUGAAUUACCAGCCUAGAGGAAGAUUAUUGUUUUCUUCAAUAAAUUAGUAAAAUUAAUCAAAAUAGUUAUAAUGGGAAGAUUAAUAUUUUAGUGAAUUAGAUACUGAUUCUGAUUAUAAACAAUUAGUAAGGAAAUGUAUUCUAUUAAGCUCUAAAGGAAGUUAACAUUCAUUUACUCAUAAAUCAAUAUAAGAAUUUUUUGUAGCAAAGCAUAUAUUUAACCUAUUAGAAAAUACAUAAAAUAAUAAUGAAAGUGAUAAAUAUUAACUUUAGAACAGUUUGAUGAACAAUAAUUCAUUUAAUAUAUCACAUGAACAUUUUUAGGGUGCUUUAAUAUUACUCAAAGGAAAACUAUAAAAUAAAGAUAAUAUUACAAAACGAUUAGUGUCAUUAGUUCAAUUAUCAAAAAAAGACUCAAAGUUUAUUCGGUUAGCCUCAAAUAUUAUAUUUUUUUUGGGUUUUUUAGGAAAAAAUCUAGGAAAAUAAGAUUUUGAUUCAAUUUUUCUGUCAGAUACAAAUAUAAAUGGACUUAACUUUUGUGAGAGUGUGUUAUCUAAUGCCUUUUUUAAUAAAGUUUCUAUUGAUUAAUGUAAUUUUAAUAAUGCAAUCAUCACUGAUGCAGAAUGGAAUAAUAUAAUUACUAAAGAACGAAUUACUAAGGAUUAUCAAAAUGAAAUAAUUGCUGAUUUAGUUUUGAGUGAAAAUGGAAAUGAAUUUUAUACUUUGAGUUUGUUUGAUCAGCAUUAAAUAAUAUUAAGAUAAUUUAAUCAAUUUAAAUUGGAUUAAAAACCAAUAGAAAUGAAAUUUAAUUUAAAAUUUAAGGAUGAUGUUUUGUAAAUUUAAACUGCAAAAUAUAUUUCAAUUAUAUGUUGCGAAACAAAGAAUUCAAUAUAACUCUGGAAUUUGUAAGAUUAAAAUAAUAAUAUAAACAAUGAUGAUUGUAUAAUCCUAAGAAAUUUAGGAUAUAAAAAAGUUAUUCUUAGUUAAGAUGGAAGUUAAUUAAUAAUAAGCAUGGAUAAUAUAAUUAUUUGGCUUAAGGAAUUGCUUAAUUUAAAAAUAAAUAAUACAUUAACAACUACUGAGUCAAUACCUGAUCUGGAAGGUAACUGGAAAGAUGUUAAAAUGGCGAUUUCUCUCAAUGCAAAACUACUAGCCAUUGUUAAUGUUAACAAAAUAAUUUUAUGGGACAUAUAAGAUUAUCAAAAUAUUAUAAAAGUUCAAGAAAUUUAGCACAAAGAAGAUGAUUAUAAUAGUAUUGCAUUUUCUAGAAAUGGAAAUUAUCUUGUUUUUACCAAAUCUAGUUCCCACGCUAUUAUGGAAAUUAACAAUUAAAGAAAAUUUAAUAUAAUUUGUUCUUUUUUAAGCAUAAAUAAAAAUGAAACAGCAUUAAUUUCCUCUGAUAAUAAUUAUAUCGCUUUUUAUGGUAGAAAGUAUUUAGCCAUAUAUCAAACUAGCAAUAUUAAGUAAUUUUAGUAAAACUUUCGAAUACCACAUAAGUUGGAAGAUUCAAAAAAAGUAGUUGCUACAAUUUCAAAUAAUUUCGAAUUAUUUGCUUGUACAAGUAGUUCUACAAUUCAUAUUUGGAAUUUGAAAGAACUUAAUUAAAUAUAGUAUUUAGGGGUAUUAGAGUCAGCUGAAUAGAAUAUCUAAGUUUUGGAAUUUUCUCAUGAUUGUUAAAAUUUAAUUUCAUUUGCUUAUGAAUAUAUUAUGUAAAUAUGGGAUGUAAAAUAAAUGAAAUUAAUAAAGAAAUUUACAAGUAAAUUUAGAAUAACUAACUUAAUAUUUUCUUCUGAUGGAUAAGUUUUAGUAUCAUAUAAUUAUUUUUAUGGUAUACUUCUUUGGGAUAUGUCAAAUAUUCAAGAGCCAGUUAUUUUUUAGGAAAUUGAUAGCUCCUUAAGCACUAAAUUUUUGAUAGUAUCAAAAAAAUAAGGUCAUUUGAUUAUCAAUAAAGAUUCAAAAUUUGUAAUUUGGGAUAUUUAGUGUGGUAAGGAAAUUUAAGAAUUUGAGAAAGACUCUAUAGCUGCAAUUUUUAAUGAUGAUGGCAAUAAAUUUGCUACAUAUCAUGGAGGAAUUGUGGAAAUUUGGAAAUUAUAAGAGAAUAUUUUUGAAAUUGAGCAUACAAUUAAAUGUCAUCAUAAACUCAUAUUUUGCUCAAAUAAUGAUGAUAUCUAACUUUUAAAGAAUAGUUAGUAUUAUAAAUUUUUUCUUAAAGAAAUAUUAGCUAAAGAUUAUUAAUUUUAUUGGAAUGUUUAAGUAGAAAAUGAAGGUUAUUAAUUAUUUUUGACACUUUAAAAGGAAUUUAUAGAAAUUUAUAGGAUAUAUGGAUAGAGCUACUAUUAUAUUUAAGAAUGUCCAAUAGUUAAGGCUGUUUUUUCUGCAAAUUCAUCUAUUUUAUGUUUAGCAACUAAGAACUAAUAAAUCAUAACAAUGGAUAUUUCUAAAACAAAAAUUAUCCAUCAAUUUAAUAUUGAUACUAGUGAAAUUUUUUGUUUAUAAUUAUCCGAAGUGGAUGAUAUUUUAGCAAUAGCACAUGAAAAUAAAGACUAAAUUUAAAUUGAUUUAUAUACAAUUAUGGAUCGAGAAAAUCCUCGUAAGCUUAAAUCCACUGAAUGUUUCGGUGUUCCUCACACAAUGUUAUUUAUGAAUAAUAAUUAAUAUCUGAUAAUAGGGAUCGGGUCUGUUAUUGAACGUUUUGAUCUUGAUAAUUUUAAAUAAUCAUAAUUGGUAGGUUUUACAUCAAAAAAUUAAGAAUUUAUAUAGUAUUUAGAUGGAUAACAUAUAAUAUUUGUUAAUUUAUAAGGAUAAAUUUGUUUUUUAACUACAAAUUCUAUCAGUAUUAGUUAUGAAGCUAAUAUUUUAAAUGAUGCAAAAAAAUAUUUCUUUUUUUUUAAAAAAAAUACCUAUAUAAUAUAGAUAUUUUCAUAAAAAUGUCAUAAUCUAUUUUUUAAUGAAAUUAAUGCAAAUACUAAUUAAUACAAAUUAAAUGUAAAAGCUUAAGUAGACUUUAUCCGACCAACAAAUAAAUAGGAUUUAUGGAUAUUUAAAGCUAAAGGAUAAUUAAUAAUUUUUGAUUUAAAAAAGAAUGCUAUAAUAAACAUAAUUGAAGAUGAAGACUAUAAAUCAUCAUCUGAUUUGUAAUUAUCAGAAGAUGAUUAAUAUCUAGUGAGCGCUUAUAGAGAUUCCCAUAUUAAAGUUUGGGAUAUGAAAACUUAUAAACUUCUUUUUAAGUAAAAGAUGAAUACUGAUUCUUUAUACAGAGUUUUGAUAUCGACUAAAGGGAUGCUAGUAAGUUGUUAUAAAAGUAAAUUAAAAAUCUGGAACUUUAAAGCAUUAAGGCAAUAAUAGAAUCUUGAAAUGGAUGGGCAUAUUGACUCAAUAAACAAAAUGUUAGUUUCACCAGAUGGCUUAGUAUUAUAUUCUGCAUCAAAUGGUGAAAUAAAAUUUUGGGAUUUAGAAGAAUUAUAAUUGUUAAAUGAAUAUUAUGGUGACUAUAAAUUUUUGGAUUGUAAAUUUGAUAAUACCGGUACAUAUUUUUAUUUGUAAGAUGAGUGGAAAACUAGUUGUCUUUAAAUUUAUGUGCAAAUUUGUUAUUGAAAUAUGUAUUCAAAUUAAUAGAUUACAAAACAAUUUCUUUUAUUUUACCUCUAAUUCUGAACAAAUAAUCGAAAUUUUUAACACUCGUAUCAUUUUCUGGAAUUUGAAAUAAGCUGAAAAAUGGUAUAAAUUAUCUACUUAAUUUUCCAAUUAAUAAUCCAUCAAAUUUACAAUUUCGGAUAAUUGCAAAUAUGUCAUAGAUAAUAACCAGUUCUAAAUAUUUGAAGUAGAUUCUGAAAUGAAAUUAAAGGAAAUAAAGUCUAAGGACUUUUUUGAAAGUAAUGUUCUUAAAUUUUCUUUAUCGCAUCGUUUAAACUUGAUAACAAUAUCAUUUGGUGGAAAAGAAAUAUUUAUAUAUUCUCUUUCGAAAAUGGAAAUCAUUUAAAAAAUUGUAUGCAAAUAUGGAAUAUAAUUAUUCUGUUUCUCUUUAAAUGAUGAGCUUUUCAUUGUAUUAUGUCAGGAAGAAUAUUUAGUUUUUUAAGUAGUUAACAAUCAAUUUAUUAAAAAAAAAAAUGAGCUCACUAAUUAGAAAAGGAUUGUUCAUAUAUUCCCAUUCUAAGAGGAUUAAUUUAUCUUUAUAGCAUUUCUUUUCUCUUGUAUGAUAAUUCAAGUUUUUUAGAAUUUAGAAUUGUCCUAACAACUUGAGAUUAAAGAUGUUUAAAGCAUUGAUGCUUUUUGUACAAAAGAUAAAUUAUUAGCAUUUGCAUCAAAUAAAGAGGAAUAAAUUCUUAUAUUUAAAUUAAAAAGUUAAACUGAAAUCGAGAAAAUAGCUACAUUGUAUGAUGUUAGAGUCUUUUAAAUUGGAAUGCAUUAUAAUUACAAUACAAUUAUUUAGAACUCAGCAAUUUAGUUUUCCUAAAAUUGUUAAUUCUUAAUAUCCCUAGCUUAUGACUGGAUCAUAAAAUUAUGGGACAUCACAAAUCCAAAAUCAAUUCAGUUACGAUUUUUGAUAAAUAAUUAUUCUGUAAAAGCUUUUUAGAUUGUAUAAGAUUAAGAAUGCCAAAUAGCAUUGAUUGGAAAUAAUUAUUUAAUUCAUAAGGAAGAUUAUAAUUCUAAUCUUUUGCUUGCUACUUAUUAAGAAUUACCAUUAGUUGAUGGCAAAAAAAAAUUAAUCUAAGUCUCAUCAGAUGGAAAAUAUUAAUUAUAUGAGACAUAAAAAUAGUCUUACAACGAAAAUGAUAAUAAGAAAAAGAAUUUUACUCAAACUAUAUUUAUUUAUGACUAAGAAAGAAAAUUAAUAAAAAACAAAACUAUUAUUGAUACAGAUUUUAUUGAUAAUAUUAAAUUUUUGGAUUCAUAAACUUUAGUUUGGAAUGAAAAGAAUAAACUUAUUUUUUGGAAAUUCUUAAUAGAUGAAGACAAAGAAUUUCAAGAAUUUAAAUUUGAGGAAAAAAUUUUGUAUUUAACUUGUUCCCCAAACCAAUAAUUAUUUUUAAGUUUAGUAGGUGACAGAAAAUAAUUAGGAAUGUAUAAUAGUUAGAAUGGCGAACAGAUAUUAAAAUUAUAAACCUUUUAAUGUUAAGUAACAGAAUGCUGUUUUUCUCCUUGUGGUGAAAAAUUUAACUUAGGUUUUUUAGAUGGAUCAAUAUAAUUAUAUAAGUUUAAUUCAAACAUUAUAAACAAUAGAUAACCACCUAUUUGUUAUAAAGUCUUUGCAAAAAGUUAUUCAUUUCUUGCUAAUAAUUGCCAAAUAAAUAGAUCUAAAUUUACAAGUACUGAAAAUGAAAAUCUAGAAUCCUUAUUUUUAGAAAAGGGAGCAAUAAAUAAAUGA